UUUUUUGGCUGGCAUUUUAAAAAGUUAUUGCCGAAGUUUGCGACAUUUGGCGCACUUCGAAGAUAGCUGUCAAAGUUGGAUAUUUUUCAUCAGAAAACUUCAAGCUGGUUGACUCACGCAUGGAUUUCCGGUGAUUUCUGUAAAUUGUUUCUAGUUUCUAGCCAAAAUGUAUAUUUUUCCACCACCGGAAGUGCCCAAUUGCAUCGUACUGGCUGGCAAGAAGUCUAUCCUGUCUGUGCAGCUUGAUGGACUGGACAUAAGUACGGUGAAUCUGCCUGAAAAUAAGGAUCCGGGUGAUGCUGAUGAUGAGGAUGAUUCCAAAGGGAAACCCGGGGAGGGAAGGAGUAUCCAGAAUUGUGCAACUUCCCUCAAGGGUUUCCUUGCUUUGGCGACAAAUGACAAAUCCCUCCUUUUGUUCAACGUCAUACGAUGGCACCCACUGGAUGCGAAUCUCGUGGCAGAGAGGAAAAUUCCUCGAGUUUCCAGUGCCAUUCGCUUUGCCCCCAAUAGCAACCAACUACUCGUGGCUGACAAAAGUGGUGAUUGCACAAUGUACGACUGCACGAAGGAGGAUCUUCCGGAAAAACAUCUUGGAGGUCAUCUCAGUAUCGUCACGGAUAUUCUCCUCACAGAGGAUGAAAAAUUCUUUAUAAGCUGUGAUCGGGAUGAAAAAAUACGUGUCACGAACUAUCCGGGAUGCCAUGAGAUUGAAUCCUACUGCUUGGGACACAGAGAAUUUGUGGCACAAGUUGAGUUCCUGCCACAUGAUCCAUUGCAGCUUGUGUCGCUCUCCGGAGAUUCGACCCUGCGGUUCUGGAACUUCAGUCAGGGGAAGGAAGUUUACAAAAUUGAUCUUCCAGGAGCAGGAAUUCGUAUGGCCUGUAAGCUUCAUGAAACAUCAUCGAGUCUCUUUGCGAUCUACAUUAGUGAAACGGACUCCUUGAUGCUGCUCAAAGUUUCUGGAGUACCGGAAAUCAGGCAUGAGGUGUUGAAAACAAUUUCUGUUGAAGACUUUUUCGUGUGUUCAAUUGCCUUUUCGAGCACCCACCUGUUGGCAUUUGGUGUUGCGCAGGUGGACAAAAAUCCCGCAAAGAUCGUAGGAUUUGGGCUGAACGAUUGGAAUCCGGUGGAUUUUUCGCAGCUAAAUGAGGCGCUGCAGGAUCGCCUGGGAAGCUUCCGAGACGUCAAUCCCGGGGAAUCAGUGGCGGGGAUGUUUAAGAAGAAGUAUUCGAACAUUGAGGAGUACCAUGAGAGAAAGAGGAAGCGACUGGAGGCGAAAGAAGGGAAACAAUAAAAAAAUCUAUUUUCAGCAUAAAAA